ACAACACAGGGAGAACAUGUAAACUCCACACAGAAAUGCUAACUCUUCCAGCCAUGACUUAAACCAGUGACCUUUGAGUCACCAUGCUUCCCAUACUAUUACUAUAAUAAUAUUAAAAUUUCCAUUUGUGCUAAUGUUUAUCCUUUGCUUUCAAACAUUAAACUAAAUUGAAUUGAAUAUAGGGUUUUUGGUGUGUAUCAACCCUUAGAACUUAGAGAAGACACUCAAAACAUUCAAAUUAAUUCUAAAAUGUAACUGGUCAACAGAUGGGUUUGCAUUUGGUGCUUGGUGAGUUCAUUUUAAGCCCUGCUUAUAUAACUGUAGAGAAAUUAUAAAUAUACGAAUGACCACAAUCUAAGCCUACUUCUUUUGAACAUAUGCUGAAUUUAGCAUGAGCACAGCUGAAUAAAUUAAAACAGGGAUGCCCAAACUCAGUCCUGGAGGCCCAGUGUCCUGGAGAGUUUAGCUCCAACCCUAAUCAAACACACCUGAAACAGCUAAUCAAGCUCUUACUUGAUAUGCUAAAAACUUCCAGGAGUUUAAACACCCCUGGAUUAAAACUUUCAAUAUUUGCUUAACCAUUUCCAUAAUCUAAAAGAAAUCUGAGGCGUUUCUCAAAACACCAUCUGUUGUGUUCCAAGCAGUUGCUGCUUAAGAAGAACUACAUAGAGAUACACUCUUUUUCUUUCCAUAUGCACCAGACACCUUCUUAUAAGCGUUCAUUGUGCACUGCUAAUUGUAUAUUAUGGAGAUGAGUGGGUUUAUGUUUAUCUGUGUGUGUCUGUGCAUGUGUAUGAAUGUUUAUGUGUCUUGGGAUGUAUAUACAACUGCUCCCAGGUGAUUUGAAGUGUUUCUUUUAUCAUCGUUUAUUGGUAGCUUUGGAUAAAAGUGUCUGCUAAAUGAAUGUAAUAUCUGAAAAUGUGAAAAAUAUAAGCUGUGAAUGAUGACGGAACUUUCAUUUUUGGGUAAACUAUCCUUUUAGGCAUUUUUGUGUGCACAUAACAAUGUUAUUUUGUUUGAAGUGUGUCUGUAACAUAAUUUUUCAUGGCUCCCCUGAGCUUAGACUGCAUAGCUUGAGUUGUUUCUGCCCUAAAUAUAGAGUUGGCUUUUGCCUACAAUGUCAAAUGUAACUCGACUCCAUAAGUUAAGUCACAGCACGUCAGUUGCUGGCCGAGCAGCUGAGUUCCUCUCACUCUCUUCCACAUUGCCUGAUGGAGUCAGUGGGAGCGCUGGGAAGCCCCAUUGGGGGAAGCUCCAACUCACUCAGUUUGCCGGCUUCCCCUUGGGAAGAGGAUGAAGAGUCACUGGGAUUAGAAGGAAUUAAACCCAAAUCUUCACCCACACCUAGACGACGGAGUUCUGCGUCCUCCGAUGACUCCUUGCCUCCCCCUUCCAGCAGCAGAAGAGUGUCCUUUGCUGACGCCUUUGGUUUGAGUCUUGUCUCAGUGAAGCAGUUUGAUGCUUGGGGGGCAACUCCACCAUCAGGCCCUUUAGAAAGCGACUUGAACGAAGAUAAGGAGUAUUAUAUGGUUCCCCUUUUCACUCUUCCACAAACGUCUGAAGAGUUAGAGUUGCGGGUUCACGAGCAGAAGCUUGAACUGGAAAGUUUGGAGUUGCUUUCUGGGACCACAACCCUUAGAGGUAUUGUCCGUGUGCUGAAUGUGUGUUUUGAUAAGAUGGUCUAUGUUCGUACGUCUUUGGAUUCCUGGAGAAGUCAUUUUGAUCUGCUGGCUGAGUACUCAUCUGGGUCGAACAAUGGUGAGAUGGAUUGUUUCUCCUUCAAGCUCACACUGGUACCUCCAUUUGGAGAAGAAGGCGCAAGGGUUGACUUUUGUUUGAGAUAUGAAACAUCUGUAGGCACUUUUUGGGCAAACAACAGUGAAAAGAACUAUUCUUUACUUUGUUGUGAAAAACUGAAGGAGAAAGGCCAAAGUGAGAGUGAAAACAGAAGAAAAAGUUGUCUGAAAAUAACCAGCACAAAUUCAUCAGCUUCAACCUCUACGACAACAAACAAUGAAAAGCUUCCUGUUGUAAACCUAAAUGAUGUAAAGGCCACUGACCCAGAAUCUGUAAGUGAAAACUCUGAGAAAAGUGAAAAGGAAAGCAAGGAAUUAGCGGAGGAAAUGAGCAGAAACCGCAGCCGAAGGAACAGAAGAAAGGCUGCACGAUUACAAAAAGUCAAGGAGCACUUUGCUAAGAGAGAGGAAGAACAAAAACGAGGGACCAAGACAAAAGAGAGUGAAGUUACAGCAGAAACCAGCACUCUGAGACUGGAAAUGACAACAUGCAGCUCUCUAUCCCAACAAACUCCUCAACCACCAACAGACACCCAAAUAUCAUCAUCACCAGCUGAGUCCCUCAAAUCUACAGAUGACAUAGGAGACUCCAAGGACAUCUGCUGUAUAGACAAUAUAAUCAACUUUUCAAAAGCACAAACAAAUUUACCCCUGGGGGACUCUAUAAGUUGUGAUGAAACCGUCACAAGCUCUGCUUCUGAAGUCCUAAAGGACGUCCCUCUUAAGGACAACGUUACUGACCAAAAAGUUUCAAACAGUCAGUCUUUUCCUGAAUGCCAAAAUUCAGACUUGUCCAUCUCCAAGGAUGUUGAAAGAGCAUGGGAGCACUUUGAGAAGGAUGCUAAGCAAAGAAUAAAACAUUUAGCACUGAGUUUGAAGGUGGAUGAAGAUGUGAAUGUUGCUGGUGGUAAUCGAGAAGAUAAUGUGAGCUUGAAAACUGCCAACACAGAGACUCAACUGUUUUCUCAAGGCUUCACAUUCAGAACCAUUGUAGCUCCACUUUAUCAUCAGGUUUUUAAAAACAUGGAAAUUGAGAAAAAAGACUUCACGCCAAAGAUCCUACAAGUAAACAGGUCAUUUAAGGAACUAAAGAACAAGAGUCUAACUGCGGUUACAACCCCCGAGACUUUCAUUUCUUUACAACGGGAAGUACAUAAUAUUAGUGUUGACGACUGCAAAGCAUCAACAGAUCAGAACAAAACAGUAAACCCAACCAAAAGUCCUCUUUCUGAGUCAAAUAAAAGUGAAUGUGUUGAAGAUUCUCACAAUCAAAAUGAUCCUAGUGGUUACCCAACAGACAUUAUAUUUAUUGAAGCCAACCUUCCAAAAGUUACAUCCAGCCAACUAGAUCCUUCUCUAGAAGAAUGUAAAGAUGAAACGUUCCAGUAUGAUUAUUGCCACAGUUUAUUUCCGCUACAAGCUGCAGAACAUUUUGUCAAUACAAAUCAAGCAACAGAGUCAGAUAUUGACAACCUGUCUGAACAGAUACAUCCUUCAGCAGCCACAUCAGCUUUAAAGACUUUAUUAUCUUUGAACACUGAAAUGUCACAAAACCAGGAGGACCCAACAAACAUCCGCACCAAAGAAGAAGAUACAUUAGUUCAAACAGAGAAUUCAAUUAUUAACUCUUGCAUUCUUGCCAAAUCUCCAGAUGACCCCACAACACGCCAAACUUCAGGGAUCAAUUUAGAACCUGAUAAAUUAGAACCUGAUUGCUGUAAGAUAUCAUACAUUGAAAAACCUGAAGAUCUUUGUGACUUAUCAAACGCAACAGCUGUGCUAACAGAACAAUGUUCAAAACUGGAUAACACAGAGAUAAUUAUGUGCAAUACUAUGCAGACCUGUAACAUGAACGGUAAGAAGGCAGAGUUUUCUUCAAAGACUACAGAGAAGGAGUGUUCAAACAUUAUUGAUUUUGAAGGAGAACAGAUCACAUUAGCUAAUAAAGAGGUGGAGGACGGUAGCGAAACGACAAAUUCUGAGAGCCUUGAAGAGGAAGAAGAGGGAACUAGAAAAGGAGAAAAGGAGAAAGACCAAGAUCCAGAAGAACAUGAAGGUGAAAAAGACAAGCAGGAGAAUAAGGGAGGAUUAAAGAGCAUUGAAGAUGAGUUGAAAUACAUAGAUGAUGAAGAGGAUUUGGACGAAAUGAAACCUGAGAGAGAAAAUAAGCAAGUAGAUGCCGAUUAUUUGGUUUCUCUUGAAAGAGAUUCUGAGGACCAGAAGAGGUUUAAUAGUACCUGCAAUGUUCAAUCAGUAACCCAACGGAAUAUUGACUUAAAUGAAUGUCUAUGUGGAGUUGAGGUGUUGGAAAACCAAGAAAGUUUCAUCAGUGGAGUACAGAUCUGUGAGGAAACUGGAACAUCUUGGCAAGAAUCCUCUCAAAAGAGUGAUACUGAAGUCAGUGGAAGUACAAUAGCAUUAGAGAACAGCUGGGAUGCCGGUGAUCAAGAAAUGAAAGUAUUCUGCGAAAGUAAGACUAUGGCUGAUUAUAAAAACAUGGAAUAUGAGGCAAAAGACUCGUUGUCCGGAGAUUCUGGAAACACUGAAGACAAUACAUCAACAGAAUCACAGAUUGAUGAAGAAAUGGAGCUAUACCUGAACAGUCUGAGGAAUUCACAACAGUCAGCAUUCAGAGAAGGCACAAUGAGCGGAAGCAAAAGACCAUCUAUAAGCCGCAGGAGACCAUCAAUGCCUUCGAUCUCAGAGUCUGUGGAUGAGGAUCAUCAAAAUAGUUCUCUGGAGGAUUUAUCAAAUAUUGCACUUCUCACAGAGAGUAAAAGAGCUAUGCUGCCGCUAGUGGACAGGAAUGAACGUGUCAUUGGACGUAACGUCUUGUGGUGGAAGAAGUUUCUGUCGUAUGAUAAUAUGAAAAGGAUGAUUGGAUACACAUUUUUGCUGAUAGUGUUUUUGGUUCUGGCAUAUCAUUAUGACUUCAUUGCAUGCUUUGCAUUGUAUCUUCUUACAGUGUAUUGGCUGUUUCAUCAAGGGGAGGGAGAACCAUUGAAAAAGUCUCAGAAUUGUGAAAAAAGGUUGCAGUGAAUGUAAUUUUUUAUUUUUUUGAAAUAGGAAAGAUUUAUGAAUAUAAUUGAAUAUAAUAUCUCAUCGUUGGUGCAGAUGUGAUUUUAUAUCCCUUACAAAUAUUAACCAUCAUUUUUUAAUAGUAAAAUUGUACCUAACCCUAACCAUGACUUUUGGUGCACUUAUUUCUAUUUGUAUAAGCACAGUUCUACUAAAAUUACCAUGAUAAAUUAUGGUUAGAAAUGCAAAACUAAAGUAAUUCUGUGGUUGACUACGGAAACCCCAUGGGAGCCCCAAAGUUAAAGCUUGGUGUUUGUAGUAAAACGAAAGUCAAUGCACCAAAAAAACAUGAUUACUACAAUUUUACUAUAAAAUACAGGAAUAUUUUUGUAAGGGACGACAAACUCGUGACUGAAAAAACAAAGUGAUAGGUAUACUAUAUAAGAAGGUGUAUUUUCUUAGUGUAUGGAAAACUAAGUUUGAACAGUUUCAUAAUGCUCUUUACACAAAGCUGAUUAUAAAGCAGGGGAUUGAAUGAGGGGGUAUAUAUCUAGCAAUCUUUGAGAUAUAUGCUAAAAGUGCUUGGUACAGAGAUGAUUAAAGGACCACUGGGUGAGUGAAAAGUUAAAGUGUGACAGAUUAUGGAAGAUUAGCCUUGAAAUGGGAUUCUAGUGCAAUUUUACUGACAUCAUUUUAUUUGUAGCUUAGCCUAAUUAGCACAGCCUUACUAGAUUAUAAUUUAUCUAUACUACAACACAUAUACUACAGUAAAAAUGUAUUAUUUUUUCUUCAGAAUAAUUUGCACACACACACAAAGGUCAAGUUUGAUUGAUGUUGAAGCAUAUGUCUCACCAGGGGUGCUGCUGGCCGGUACGGGCCCUAUGACAACAUUUCGUGGAUGUCGCAAAAAGUGAAGAGCAUGGUGGUUCUGGUGGGCCCUUAAUAGUGUCUUUGGGGGCCCCAAAACAGUGUGGGCCCUUAGAAUCAUCCUAACUUCUCCUGCCCAGCGGUGCCCCUGUGUCUCACAAUGUAGUCGAGAAAAUGAACAUUAAUGUAAACAGUACUGAAUUUCUUCUGUUAUAGUUAUUUUCUAUAUUUCCAUGGUUGAACCACAAGAGAUUACCAAUUCUUUGAUCCUUUACAUAUCAUCUGGUUUGUUUGCAGUCACAAACUAUUUGACGCUAUGACUUGAUAUGGUCUUAACAUCUGUAAAUCUCCAAACUGAGCAGUUGUUGCUUCAUAUGGACAUGUACUGUAAGUAGAUACAGGUGUAUACUAAUAAUGAAUGAACUAUGCUAAGUAAACUGAUUUCCUCAGUACCCAAAUUGGUAAUACAAUCUUUUAUUGUGUUGUUUGUAUGUUUUGUCUAAUCCACAGAGCAUUUUUUAUUGCAAUUCAAUAUUGUGCAGCUUUUCUUAUUUUAAUAUGCUUUUAUGUUGUUCAUUUAUUAUUGGACAUCAUUCGAAGAACCGUCUUUCACUGAACCAUCAGAUGAACUAUGAUCUAAUCUCCUGGUUAUUAAACUAUGCAGUUCACAGAAA